UGCUGUUUUGGUUUUUGCCUUUUCGCUUUUUUUUCCGUUCGUUCUCUUGGUUUUAGUUUUUCGGGAGUGGCCACGUGGACAAAGGUGCAUGCAUGCACAGGAGCCGAACAUGGAGACUGGAGUUUGGCUACCAGGAACGUCGCUGCUGGCUCCUAGAGCAAGCGUGAGAUGUUCCGGCAGUGUGGCCUUCGUUGCGGCCAGGGAAGUGGACGUGUCCGGCUUGCCGAGAACGAUAGAGUCUGCUAGCAGGAAGUGCUACGUCGCUCCCGAAAAAGUACAAGUGUUCAAGAGUUUAGAGGGAUGGGCCGAGGAGAAGAUGUUGCCGCUGCUCAAGCCUGUCAACAAAUGCUGGCAGCCUCAGGACUUCUUGCCGGAUUCAUCCUCAGACAGCUUCAUGGACGAAGUGGUUGAUCUCAGGCAGCGGACGAAAGAGCUUCCGCGUGACUACCUGGUUUGUCUGGUCGGGGAUAUGAUCACGGAAGAAGCUCUCCCGACGUACCAGACGGUUCUCAACACCUUUGAAGGCGUGAGAGAUGAAACAGGGGGGAGUGCGUCUCCUUGGGCGACAUGGAUACGAGCUUGGACGGCAGAGGAGAACAGGCAUGGUGAUCUUCUUAACAAGUACUUGUAUCUAACAGGCAGAGUCAACAUGAGAGCCAUCGAGAAGACGAUCCAAAAUCUCAUCGGUGCCGGCAUGGCGACUCAUAUAGACAAUGAUCCAUACAACGGCUUCAUCUACACGUCGUUCCAAGAGCGCGCGACUUUCGUAUCACACGGCAACACUGCCAGAUUUGCCAAGGAGUAUGGCGACUCGCAGCUGGCUACUAUCUGCGGGAUCAUCGCCUCGGACGAGAAGCGACACGAGAUCGCAUACACCAGAGUGGUGGAGAAGCUGUUCGAGCUGGAUCCAAACGGCACCAUGCUGGCGUUGGCAAACAUGAUGCAGAAGAAGAUCACCAUGCCGGCUCACCUGAUGCAUGACGGCGAGAACGAGAACUUGUUCGAGGACUACAAGUUCGUGGCGCAGAAGUGCAAAGUCUACACGGCGUACGACUACUCCAACAUCAUGGAGCAUCUCAUCGAAGCCUGGAAGGUGGGAAGCUUGGGUGGAUUGAGAGGCGAGGCACAGCGAGCACAGGACUACGUAUGCAAUCUUCCCGCGCGGUUCCAGAGGCUAGCGGAGAGAUCGGAGGAGAGAUUUGGGAAACUGGGAACGCAUGCUCUUCACAAGAACCGGGAGUUCAGUUGGAUUUUUCAAGGACGAGACCUCGCUUUAGAGAGUAAAGUUUGAAGGAAGAAAGAAAAAAGUUGAAAAGGAAGAAAGAAAAAAGUUCUUCCACCUCUGCUUGUUCUGUUCUUGUGAAUAAGAUUCUUUCUUUUUCUGCCA